UAUUUUGUAAUUUGUAACCGUUUUCGGGAAACCAUAUCAAUUUAAAAGUUACGAUGUAGCAACAAAUCAUCCACGUUGAGAAAUAUCCCUUGCCCGACUAAAAGUUUGUAUUCAAUUCGGUACAAUACAAACAAAAAGAUUUAUUUGAAAUUGUGACGUCAAACGCGAAAUGUCUGCUAAAGAAACCAAAAAAGGUUUUGUUCAUACCGCAGUCCUGGAAGACAGAAAAAUCAUAACUUUUCCGGCAAUGAACAAAGAUUGUUUCACACCAUUUGAAAUAUCCGACUUUAGCCAUAAGACUUAUAAAAAAUGCUGGAAGGAUGGUGAAUUUAUUUCUGGAAACUGGUUGAAUGUGUGUAAAGUUAUUAUUUUAGGUGACGUUUCCGUUGGAAAAACGUCAAUAGUAAAUAGGUAUUGUAGAAAAAUGUUUGAUACCAACUAUAAAUCUACCAUUGGAGUAGAUUUUGAAAUGGAAACGUUUGAAAUACUGGGAGUUUCAUUCACUUUACAGAUAUGGGAUACAGCAGGACAAGAGAGAUUCAAAUCUAUCGCCCAAUCAUAUUAUAGAGGCGCUCAUGUUAUCUUAUUAGUAUUCGAUUUGACAAGUUUGGACACACUGUACUCCUGCCAAAAAUGGCUUUCAGAGGCCCUGAUGUCUGUAACUGAUCCAAUCAUAUUUAUGGUAGGAUCUAAACUGGAUUUGGUGAACCGAUUUUCAUACGACCACAUAACGAAAAGUGCUUUCAAAUUAGCGCGCAAGUUGAACGCAGAAUAUUGGCCAGUAUCGUCUAGGACAGGAAGAAAUCUGAAUGCUAUGUUUAAUCGGGUAGCAGCAUUGUCUUUUGAUGAAUACAUAGUAAAAUCUGACGAUGAACCAGUUUUAGGGGUGCCUAUUGGAAAAAGCUUAAUAGAUCUGAGGCAAGAUGACGUUCAUCAAAGGGCAAAGAAAAACUGCUUUUCUUCAAAAUGCAAAUAAGUCAAAUAAUAAUUAAACUCUUUAGAGAAUUGUGAGCUAUUCCACAGCUACUAAUAUGGGUCACUUGGAAUUGGGUCCAAACAGAAAGAUUUUUCCAGCCUCUCUCCAAACUAUUAAAAUAUUUGAAAUGCGUGAGUCUUCCCUUUAUACUUUGUGAGCAAAAGCGUUUUUCUAUUCAAUCUUUACGAUAUUUUUAGUAUCUACAAUAAAUGGCUACCUCAAA